GUAGAAAGUAAACACCUCUUAGACUAGUUUCACUGAUUAACUUAUUUCUUUAUUAUUGCUUGAUAUGAAACUCGACAAAUAUAUCAAGCGAGAACAAAAGGAUCCAAAGGCACGAGAGUUUUCAAGUAAGAACAGUGAUAGACAGUUUUACUAUGCAGACGACGUGAAGACAAGAAGAAAGGGUUGCCAGGUCGAUAAAUCGCAACAACCGACGCCAAACACGGAAACCAAAGAUACUACCACGGAAGCAACUACAGAUGCCAGAACUUCAGCAAUAACUGAUAAUCCAACAACGAGGACAGAUCUUUCAGAAACCUCAGAACUACCGUCAACUGCCUCUUCUCAGACAUCAGCUAAUACGGAACCAACGCCAAACACGGAAGCCAAAGAUGCCACCACGACGGAAGCAAUUACAGAAGCCAAAGAUACUACCACGGAAGCAACUACAGAAGCCAAAGAUACUACCACGGAAGCAACUACAGAAGCCAGGACUUUAGGAAUAACCGAUAAUCCGAACACCAGUGCAGAUUUCUCAGAAGUCUCAGAGGAUUUAGGAACAACCGAUAAUCCGAUAACUACAGAUCUUUCAGAAAUCUCAGAAAUAGUGUCAAAUGCCUAUGAUCAGGCAUUAACUAUGACGGAACCAACGCCGAAUAUGGAAAACAAACCUGUUACCACAGAAGCAACUAUAGAUGCUGGGGCUUUAGGAAUAACCAAUAAUCCAACAACUAUUGCAAUUCUUCCAGAAAGCUCAGAUAGCGGAAAUGUAUCAGAAGAUGAAAUCAGAGUUUUUACCAAAAUAGCCAACAAGAUAAUACAGAAAAAACUGGAAACAAUCGAGGAAAAGAUAGAUAAAGUGGUAGAAAAGAUUAAUGGCGAAGAGCAGCGUUACUCUAAAAAACUGACAAACGUUGCUUUUUUCGCUCAAAGGAACAGUAGCUUUGAUCAAAAGAAUACUAUACAGCCGUACCUCAUAAAUCGAUUAAAUGAUGGAAAGGCGUUUAACCAAGCAUCAGGAAUAUUCACAGUGCCAAUUAACGGAAACUACCAUUUCUACUUUACCGCAUUGAAGGCCAGUGCGGAGAUUUCGGGCACAAGCAUUAUCACUGUUCGGCUCUGGGCUAACAGAAAUCAGAAAGAAAAAACUGCACAAAUGUUGGCCGAAGGUCAUGUCAACUCCAACGACAUGCAUGGGUGGUUCCCUGUGAUUCUACAGGCUACAGUUAAGCUGCAAGAAAAUGACACUGUUGAGGUUGAAUUACUUGUCGGAUCCAUUCAUGAAAGUGAAAAUCUAGAACACCUUAUAACUAGUUUUGGUGGCUUUCUUGUAAGCCCUGAAAUUGUUUAACAAGACGUAGGCGAUGUCGAUUAAACACGAACUCCGAAUACCCACUAUACAUUGCGACCCCUAACAAUUUUCGUUUGAAUUUAAAACCAUAAAAAUAAAACUGCAACCUAAUAGUGUAAACAUUCCGACACAUGAUCAUCAUGAAUCGUAAUUUUUAAAAUUAUUGGUGUCACAGUACCCUUUCCCAACGGAACGCAUUGCGUCCGUGCUUCCAAAGCCAAUCAUGGACUGUACAUGAAAUUUUAGGCUUGCUUCUGGAGCACAAUCAUAUUUCUGAUGAAAUCAUUUUGGAUCAAAUCAAGCCAAUAAAAAUGAAUGUAGCAC